UCUGCGCGCACCUGUGCGCCCUGGACUGGGGCGCCUGGGCCUCCGGCUCGGUUCUCUCUACCUUGCUUCUGGUCGCGCCAUGGGUCUCUCGGGUGCGCGGGCCCGCAGCUGGGUGGCCGUCACCAAAGUGGCCCAGAGGCGCCACGUAGUGGACAGUACGGGAGAAUCUCCUAGUCCCGAACCCGCGACCCGGCGGGCGGCGCUUUAUGUGCACUGGCCCUACUGCCAGAAGCGAUGCAGCUACUGCAACUUCAACAAGUACAUCGCCCGUGGCGGCCCGGAGGAGGCGGCCCUGCGGAGCUGUCUGGUCACCGAGGCCCGGACGCUGCUUCGGCUCAGCGGGGUGCGAAGGAUAGAGUCUGUGUUUUUCGGUGGGGGCACCCCCAGUCUGGCCAGCCCCCACACGGUGGCCGCUGUCCUGGAGGCCGUGGCACAGGCAGCUUACCUGCCUGCAGAUUCAGAGGUCACCCUGGAGGCGAAUCCCACUUCAGCCCCAGGCCCCAGGCUGGCAGCGUUUGGAGCGGCAGGAGUCAACAGAUUGUCCAUUGGCCUACAGUCCCUGGAUGACACUGAGCUCCAACUGCUGGGGCGGACACACUCGGCCAGCGAUGCCCUACAGACACUGGCAGAGGCCCGGAGGCUCUUCCCUGGCCGUGUAUCUGUGGAUCUGAUGCUGGGACUGCCAGCCCAGAAGGUGCGGCCAUGGCUGAGGCAGCUGCAGGAACUGCUGUACCACUGUGAUGAUCAUCUCUCUCUCUACCAGCUGUCCCUGGAGCGGGGCACCUCACUCUUCACCCAGGUACAGCAGGGCAUCCUUCCUGCCCCUGACCCAGAGCUGGCUGCUGAGAUGUACCAGGAGGGCCGGACAGUCCUGCAGGAGGCUGGCUUCCGUCAGUAUGAGGUCUCCAACUUCGCCCGGAACGGGGCGCUCAGCACCCACAAUUGGACUUACUGGCAGUGUGGUCAGUACCUUGGCAUUGGGCCUGGGGCCCAUGGCCGAUUUGUGCCCCAGGGAGUUGAAGGUCACCCCCGGGAGGCUCGGAUCCAGACGCUGGAGCCUGACCACUGGAUGAAGGAGGUGAAGCUGUUUGGACAUGGAACCCGGAAGCGUGUCCCUCUGAGCAAGCUGGAGCUGCUGGAGGAGUGUGUGGCCCUAGGGCUGCGCACUGACGUGGGGAUCACUCACCAGCACUGGCAGCAGUUUGAGCCCCAGCUGACGCUGUGGGAUGUGUUUGGAGCAAGCACAGAGGUGAAGGACCUGCUAGAGCAGGGCCUGUUGCUGCUGGACCACAGGGGUCUCCGGUGUUCCUGGGAGGGUCUGGCUGUGCUGGACUCUCUGUUGCUGACCCUUCUGCUUCGGCUCCAAGAGGUCUGGCAGCAGAGAACCCCUGUGCCAGGAGAUUGGUUAGCUGUUCCUGUGUCCCAGGACAAUGCCAGACAGACUUAGAAGGCUAGACCUGCACUGUGGACGUCUUUGGUAGCGCUGCUACCUCUGCUUCAAGUGAUUAGUGCCUGACCCUGGCAUUCUCAGGGGAAUAGCUCCAGUCAGGGCAGCGGAGGACAUUUCAGGUCCAGAAACUGGUAUUCCAUUCAGCAUCUUGAGACCGACAGCACCAGCACUUGGUUUAUCAACUUCUGAUGGCCUUUCUGAUACCCAAACAAUGACAUGUGUUUGGAAGUCUUUCAACAGAGAAUUGCCCAAGGAAAACAAGUCUUCCUCACUCCCGAGUGAGAUCCUAAGACAGAUGCGUGAGUCAGGAACACUGAAUCUCCUCCAGGUAUCUGAAGCAAGAAGAAAUUUAAUAUAGGAACAAGAUAGUUACAAAACCAUUGGGUUUUUCAGUUAAGGGUGCUUGUUGUAUAGAAAGUUUCACAUUCUGGGUGUAUAUGAUUGUUUCCCAAUGAUUGAAUUCAGGAUGAAUAUUUUUAGCAAGAAUAUUACGUGGAAGCUGGGCACCAGUGGCUCACACUUGUAAUACUAGCUACUCAGAUGACUGAGUUUCAAAGGAUCAAAGUUUGGUGCCAGUCAAGACAGAAAAGUCCUUGAGACACUAACUCCAAAAUGACUAGCAUAAGCCAGGUGCUGGCGGCUCACACCUGUACU